CAACUUCCCCCUUCCUCUAUAUAUAUAAUCACCACCACUCGCAUCGAUCGCAUAACAUUCUCAACCAACCUAGCAGCAUCCAACACACAGAGAGAAACAGAGGAAGAGGCUACUAUUUUUCUUUAAUUUUAGGAGAGAGAGGUACAUUUGCAUGGAGAUUGCUUCAAUUCUAGCAUACGUAUGCUUCUUCCUCUCUAGUCUUCUUUCUUAUCCUUUCUUGAAGAAGAAGAAUAGGAUACCUAAACAAAGAGCUAAGCUUCCUCCAGGUUCAAUGGGAUGGCCCUAUGUAGGCGAAACUCUUCAACUUUAUACUCAAGACCCAAAUGUCUUCUUUGCUACAAAGCAAAAAAGGCAUGGAGAAGUAUUCAAGAGCCACAUACUUGGCUGUCCUUGUGUUAUGCUAGCUAGCCCUGAGGGUGCAAGAUUUGUGCUGGUGACUCAUGCUCACCUGUUCAAGCCUACAUACCCCAAAAGCAAAGAGAAGAUGAUCGGCCCUUCAGCUCUCUUUUUUCACCAAGGAGAUUACCACAGUCUUCUAAGGAAGUUGGUUCAGAGUUCUUUAUCCCCAGACAAGAUCCGGAAACUAAUUCCCAGUGUGGAAUCCGUAGCCAUCUCUGCCUUGGAAUCAUGGUCCAGUGGGCAUAUCAUCAACACAUAUCAUGAAAUGAAGAAGUUUUCUUUUGAUGUCGGCAUUCUUUCUAUCUUUGGUCACCUGGACAGCAACCAUAGAGAGAUGCUGAGUGACAACUACCACAGAGUAGAUAAGGGUUACAAUUCAUUUCCAACAAAAAUUCCAGGAACUGCUUACCACAAAGCUCUUUUGGCAAGGAAAAGGCUUAAUCAGAUAUUAAGUGAGAUAAUUUGUGAGAGAAAAGAGAAAAGACUACUAGAGAAGGAUUUCUUGGGUCAUCUUCUGAACUUCAAAAAUGAGAAGGGAGAGAUUUUAACUGAAGAUCAAAUUGCUGACAACAUUAUAGGAGUACUUUUUGCUGCUCAGGACACAACAGCUAGUGUUCUGACAUGGAUUCUGAAAUACCUCCAUGAUGACCAGAAACUCCUAGAAGCUGUUAAGGCAGAACAAAUGGAGAUAUAUGAAGCGAAUGGAAGAGGAAAGAAGCCUCUAACAUGGGCACAGACAAGAAACAUGCCACUUACAUAUAGGGUUAUAUUAGAGAGCUUGAGGAUGGCGAGCAUCAUAUCUUUCACAUUCAGGGAAGCAGUGGUUGAUGUUGAAUACAAUGGAUACCUAAUACCAAAGGGCUGGAAGGUGCUGCCAAUGUUCAGGAACAUUCAUCACAAUCCAGAAUUCUUUCCUGAUCCUCACAUCUUUGACCCGUCAAGGUUUGAGGUUGCUCCAAAACCCAACACUUUCAUGCCAUUUGGAAACGGCGUGCAUGCUUGCCCUGGCAAUGAGAUCGCCAAGCUGGAAAUACUCAUCUUGAUCCAUCAUAUAGUGACCAAAUUCAGGUGGGAAGUGGAGGGAUCACAAAAUGGGAUUCAAUAUGGCCCAUUUCCGGUGCCCCGGCAAGGACUCCCGGCCAGAUUUUGGAGAUAACGUACCCUUGAGUUCAAGAUGCCUUCUCUCAUUCACAGAAUUUUCUACCCUCCUAACCCAACCCUCUAGUUUUUACAUGGGGUCCCUAUCUCUUAACUACUAGAUAUUUUACCCUAAUAUUUCUCAUGCUGCUUCUCGUGAGGAAGAGUCUUUAUGGGAAUUGUCCCAAUUAUCCCAUUGUCAAUCUAUGGCCUGUGUAAAUUGAAUUAAUGAAUGAUUCUCGUAUUUUGAUA